AUGUUCCUCCUCCCCUUGACCCUCCUCGGGCUCCCUCUAGCCCUCGCCCAACAAAUAGGCACGCUUGUCCCCGAAGUCCCCCCCGCUCUCACCUGGUCCAACUGCACCACCGAAUCGUGCACGCCUGUCACCGACGCGCUGACCCUCGAUGCCAACUGGCGCUGGACACACGAGACGACCUCGGCGCACACGUGCUUCCUCGACGGCGACUGGACAGAUAUCUGCUAUAACCUCAACAGCGGCACAGCGUGUGCCGAACGCUGCGCCAUCGAGGGCGCCGAGUACGCCUCGACGCACGGCAUCACGACCGCGGGCGGCCGCGCGUCGCUACGGUACGUCACGCACUCUGCCUUUGGGCGCAACGUCGAGAACCGCGUCUUCCUGCUAGCGCCGGGUGGCCAGUAUCGCAUGUUCGAGCUGCUCGGGCGCGAGGUGCGCGUUGACGUCGAGGUCGGCACGCUAGGGUGUGGGCUCAAGGGGGCGCUGUACUUUGUCAAGAUGGAGGCAGACGGCGGGCGCGGGCGCGGCAAGAAUGCCGCCGGCGCGCGGUACGGCACGGGCUACUGCGACGCGGAGUGCAGCCAGAGCAUCAAGUUUGUUGAUGGCCGGGCCAACAUGGAGGGAUGGGCGCCGGGGUACACAGAUCUUGAGCUCGGACGCGGCGCCGUUGGGGCCUGCUGUGCCGAGAUGGGCGUUUGGCAGAGCAAUUCGGCGUCGACAGCCGGUGCCCACGCGGGUUCUCGGACGACAUUUUUUCCGCAUGGCUGCGAUACCGACGGCUGCGGCGCGAGCCCGUACCGACUGGGCAACACGCACUUUUAUGGGCAGGGCAAGACGCUCGACAGCGGGGCCAAAUUUACCGUCAUUACGCGGUUUCAUGAGGACCAUGUCUCGCAAUCCUUCAUCCAGGCCGGCGAGCCCAUCGACACGCCGACCAGCCAGGCGUCCGGCGUGCAGGGCAAUGCCAUCUCAGACGACUUUUGCGACAGCCAGGCGUCGGCGUUUGGGGAGCGCAACCGCUACGCCGAGGUCGGCGGGUGGUCGUCGACGAAGCGGGCGCUCGCGGGCCAGUGGGUCAUGGUCAUGUCCAUCACGCACGACGCCUACGCCAAUAUGCUCUGGCUCGACUCGCUGUACCCGGUCGACGCCGCCGGUCGGCCCGGUGCGCUGAGGGGGCCGUGUCCGGCGAACAGGGGGUAUCCGGCGCAGACGGUGGCGGAAAACCCGCACUGCUUCAACUAUGCCGUCGCUAUCUUGGUCACCCCGGGGUUGACAUGUCGCUUCUGGUGA